AUGCAAAAAAAAGGAAUUUAAUUUAAUUCCAAUUUUGAAUCUGGAAAUUUAGAUAGAGUAGAUUAAGUAAUAUUAUAUAUAUAAAAUUAGAUUUCAAAUGAAGAAUAUAAUUUAUUUAUGAGAAUUGAUACAAAUACUAUCGGUCACACUAACUGGUUUUAUUUUAAAACUACAAAUAAUGAAUAGAUUAAAAUUAAAUUUAAUAUUUGCAACUUUACUAAACCUUAAAUUUUAUAUGCAAAAGGUAUGAAACCCUAUAUUUUAUCAAAAAAAGGAUAAGAAAAGUAUUUUACUUAGUAAGGAGAAUCUGUUAAAUAUUAAUAAUUAGGAGAUCUUUAUGUUUUAUCCUUUUUUUAUACAUAUGAAUAUGCUGAUGAUUAAGUUGAAUUUGCCACUCUUCCUCCCUACACAUAUACAGAAUUAAGAAGAAAGAUUUUUAAAUGGCAUAAGAAAUCUAAACAUUAUUUAAAAAAACUAAAAUUAACAAACACUCUCUCUGGUCUUAUAUUACCCUUACUUAUUAUAACUGAUACAAACUCAGAUAUUAAUAAAAAAGUUUUUAUAGUAACAGCAAGAAUUCAUCCUUCUGAAACUUGUAGCUCCUAUUUAAUUUAAGGAUUUAUAUAAUUUUUAUUAAGUGAAUCAGUUAUGGCAUAAUUUCUAAGAAAAAAGUAAAGUAUUUAAAUUUAGCCUUUAGUUUCAUAUUUAAAAUUAUUCCGAUGUUGAAUCCUGAUGGAGUUAUUGUUGGUAACUUUAGAAAUGGAUUAAGUGGAGUAGAUUUGAAUAGAUAAUUUUUAGAAACUGAUUUAACUCUGUUACCAGAAGUCAAAGCUUUGAAAAAUUUAAUUUAAGAUAAUUCUACUAAAUUAGUAGGAUAUCUAGACUUUCAUGGUCAUUAAGUAAGAAAAAAUAUAUUUCUUUAUGGACCUUAAUCUAAUAAUUAAAAUUAUGAUUCUAAAAUAUUUCCCUUAAUACUUUAACAAAGACUUGACUCUUUUAGGUUUAAAUCUUGCGAAUUUGGAAUUCCAAAAUUUAAACUAGGAACUGCUAGAGCAUUUGCAAAUAAUUAUGUUGAUGUUUUAUGUUAUACUAUAGAAGCAUCUUUUUGUGGUUAUUAUAAAGGAAAAUCUUUUAAAUUUGUUUAAAAAGAUUGGAUCUAAGCUGGAAAAUGUAUUGGAGAAACUUUAUUUUUAUACUUUAAUUUUAAAUCAAUAAACUCAAAGCAUUUAAGUAAUAAUUUCCAUAAUUAAUAGAAUAAAACUAACUUUUGAAAACUAUUAAUGAAAUGUCAAGCAAAGUAGAAUAAAUAGAAGCAAAACGUGAAUCCGAUGAAGAAAAUGAUAGUUAAUCAGAUGCAGAAAUAUUUGAAGAUUAUGACAAGGCUAAGUUGACAUAUUUAUAAGAUUAAAUGAAAGUUGAAUUAAACCAAUAGAAUAUGAUUGUAAUUAAUAAAGAAGAUUCCCAAAGAAAAUGUAUGAAAGCUUAAUCUGUGUCUAGAAAAAUUAAAGUUUAACCUAUUUUCAUUAUAAAUAAAAGUAUUUAGACUUUAUUAUUGGUUUAAGAUUAAAAAAAAUUAUAUCCAGAAUUAAAUAUUCAAAACUGGGAGUUCACUAAUAAAAAAAAUUAAUCAACAGAAAAUAAAACUCCUUUAUAACAAAAAGGAAAUAAAAAUAAAAUUUCUUAAUCAUCUAGAUUUGCAUCCAGCAAUAGAACUGCUUUUCAUUAAGGAACAUCUCCUAUUAAUUAAAAUAAUUAAUAAAUAAAUAUAUCUUAAUAAAUUUAAUAAACAAAUCCUGUAUAAAUUUCAUAAAAAUUGACUUCCAAUAACUUUCCUUUUCUGGACAAUAAUAUUUAAUUAUCAACCCCUUAAUAUUUACCCUUCAUUACAAAUCUAAUAAAAAGGAAAAGAAUUAUGACAAUGAUUUGA